UUUGAGAGUGAGGGAUUGCCCUCCGCUCCCCUCCCCCACCGCCGGCCGGGGGUGCGUCGCUCGCCGGGACGGCGGAAGACGGGCUGGCGGGCGCUCGUGUCUUGAGAUGCUUCAUGCUGAAAGUAGAGUAAGGCUGUUGGAGUGUCAGGAUGAAAUCACAACUGAACCGUGUUCUAAAAAGAUGAAGUCAACGGAAGGGGCGUUUGAGAACCUCUCUGACUGUGGCAACCAAGGCACUCAAGAAGGGGACCCUGACAGAACCUCCAAUGAUUUGAUACCAGUGUGUGUUUCAGAUAAUGAAGGGGAUAAUGAAGUGCAGAAGCAGGAGAAAAUACCUAUGAAUGUCUUUGGAGCAGCGAAUGAAGUGCUUCCAGAAGGUAAUCUAGAGUUUCAUCAAACAGUUGAUUCUGUGAUUGUGCAGAACAUAAAUCCUCCAUUUGUAUCAAUAAAUGGCACUGAGGAUGAAGGAAAGGAAGAUCCUCUUACUGCGAAUGAUGUCAAUGAAGAUAAUACUAAAAAUAGUUGCAUAGCAUUCUCAAUAAAUAGAAAUGAGUCAGAUGAAGAGUUUAUUACAAGCAAAGAAUUUAUUGGACCGAUUUACAAGCCUGCUGAGUGUAAUACACAGGACCAGUCUGGGAGCUGUGAUGAGUGUCAAAGCAGUGUGGGAGAUGGCACACAUGGAAACAGAACUGAAGGAACUGAGACAGAGAAGGUGCCAGCCAUUUCUUCUGCUGUAUCAGGAAUGGAUGAUGAACUGGACCAGUUCUACAAAGAAAUUCACCAGCUGGAAAGUGAAAAUUUAAAUCUGCUUCAGGAAAAGGAAACUGAAACUUCUCAGGAACAAUAUUCUGUGUAUAAUUGCGGUCAAACAUCACAAGAGGAUUAUCAACAUGUAUUGUUGGACAGCCCACAAUCAUUUUACAAGAAUGGACAGUAUUUCUUUGGGGAACAGGGAAGUCAGAAAAUAAGCAGUGAGCAACAGUUUGUCAUGGAAACAAGUGGCUGGAAAACUGAAAAUGCCUUUAAUGGACAAAUAGAGUCUAAUUAUUCAGUGCCUGAAUUCAGACCUGCCUGGCAAUCAAGGGAGUCUUUCAUAGUACCUCAGGGGCCUCCUCCUCCUAGACUGACCCAUCAGGCACAUUUUCAGAUAUUUAAUUCCACACAGCAAAAAACAGAUGCUUUUCCUUCUCAGAAUGAUGAACUUUCUUAUGAAAAUUACUAUGGUUACCAUGAAGAUGGGGAUAUCAACUGUCAUGGUGCAGUGCACGAUCAGAGUAGCUACAAUGUUGGUCAUACUGAUUUCCAAAAUACUCAGGUCUUUAGAAAUGGAAAUAAUCACCAGAGUGGACUCCAAAGUAAUGGUUUCUGUGAAACCAGAAAAGAGUAUUGGGAGGAACCAAAAACUUACAGUGCAGAAGGAAUGCGUAGAUUUUCUUUCCUACCUGAGGAGAGGUUUGAUUGUUCACGGAAAGUGCUCCUUAUCUUAAGAGGCCUACCUGGGUCGGGGAAAUCAACUCUAUCUCGUUUUCUGCUCGAUCACAGCCGUGAUGGCGUUGCACUCAGCACCGAUGAUUACUUUCGUCAACAAGAUGGAUAUACAUAUAAUGCUGCUCAGCUGGGGGAUGCCCAUGACUGGAACCAGAAGAGAGCCAAACAGGCGAUGGAGCAGGGAAAAUCUCCAGUUAUAAUAGACAACACUAAUACUCAAGCCUGGGAGAUGAAGCCAUAUGUGGAAGUGGCUCUAGAAAAGGGAUACAGAGUGGAGUUCCGUGAGCCAGAUACUUGGUGGAAAUUUGAUCCUGAAGAAUUGGAAAAGAGGAAUAAACAUGGGGUCACUCGUGAGAAGAUUGCUCAGAUGUUGGAACGAUACGAAUAUCAAAUAUCCAUACCUGUUGUCAUGAAUUCAGAGUUACCUCCUCACAAACACACACAGAGGCCACCUCUGCAGCGAAGACAUAGGGAGAGAAUUUUAAAGAAAAGCCACGGGCAUCCCUUGGCAAAAGUAAAGCAGAGGAAAAAGCGAAAAAGAAACAAAACAAUGAAGAUGACAGAAAUCACAAAGCAGAAUUUAAGCGGAGCGGCUCCUCUCAUUCCAGACAACCAGGAAACAUCUGAAAGUGAGGGGGACGACUCAGAAGAGGAAAACAGAAAGUCCUUGUGUGCAUCUGGGGAAGGUGCUGAGGAUCCCGUGGGAGGUUGUGAGGAGCAGCCGAAUGGUGAUAAGGAAAGCGGGACAGAAGCUGUGAGCUCUCCAGUCACAGAGAUGUCAGCUGUGUCCAAUGGGGUGCUGACACAUGAAGUGCCUGCAGAAAGUGACAGCUCACUUCUAACGGAUAAGAAACCCCUUUGCACUGGAAGCACGACCAAAAACGUGUUUGAUGAUGAGGAAGUGAAUCAAAAGCAUAGGGAAAAUCUUUGUAAGAGCAGUACCCUGAAAGUAAAGAGUGAUGCAAGUUGUAUCCAAGAAGCAGAAUGCAACUGUGAAGGUAACAGCCUACUGUCCAGCACAGAAAGCAAACUUAAAAGUACAUGUGAACCUGACAUGGAAGCUGAACAGUUACUUUUAACUGGUGAAGAAAAAGAAAUAUCUCUCUGUCACAAUUCCAAAGUGCAUUACAACGUGCCUGAUAGUAACACAGACAAUAAAAGUGCAAUGAAAACAGAAGAGAACUGCUCUAAUGCCUGGGCUUUUUUUUCAAUUAAUUUAUCUACUGAGGAAUUACAGCAGGGUUUUGAUGCACAACUUUCUUCUUCUUGGUCUGAGGAUAAGUUGGUAGGUGAACAAAGACAGAAAAAAGCGAGGAAGCCCAAACAGAUGUGCACCAACAGUUCAGCAGAGCUGAACUGCCCCCAGCCCAGUGAGAGACUGGUAAAGGAAAACCACCAGGAAAUGGUGACUGAGAAGGCAGGUAAUACACAGAGCAAUGGUGUGUUGGUAUCUUCGCCUGGUGAAGUGCACAAGGGUUCACUUGUGGAACCCAGGAGCACCUCCACGCACUGUUCAAUGCCAGUAAAUGAUGCUGCACCAGUUGCACCAAAGAGAAAAAGGUACAGAAGAAUAGUCAACUUGGCACCCAAGUUUAAUCUGCCCAGAGAGAUUGCUGGUGGUAUGGAGGGAGGGGAGGAACUCCUACUAAAAGGUGAUGGUCCCUCAGAAAGUGUAUUAGAAGUGGAGCUAAAGGGCUUUCUGCAGCAGGACCGUGGACUGGGACGUGAACAGAACCUGGUGUUUCAGGAGUAUGCUGCACCGUACGGUGGCCCUGAGGCCCCCCAUUCCUUGCCCACCCCUCAUGUGGAUUCCCCCUUACAAGCUAUUUCGUAUUUUCAUUUGGGAAGGUCUUCUCCAACACCAAAGUAUUCUUGUAGUGUUUGUGUGAUUUCCAGAACAAAGGAGGAGCGAGCUCAAACUCCAAGGCAGCACCAGGCAGUUGGUAACAAAGGUGAAGGUGAAAUCUCCUCAGAUGUCAUAAGCAGCCAGCCAGAUAUUUUGUCUUCUGUUCAAGCUGUUUCUGAAUAUGCAGAAGAUCCGAGCAUCUUGGAAAGGUGUGUUGCAAAUGUGCACAAAGCAGAUGGCCCUGAGCCAUCAGCGGCCUCUCCACCUGCAUUUAAACAAGAUGUGAAUAUGAAAACCAGCUUCCUGGGACUUCCCUUAUCCAUAGGAUUUGCUUUUCAACUUGUGCAGCUCUUUGGUUCUCCAGGUCUUCCGCUGGAAUCCUUGUUGCCAGAUGAUUAUAUAGUUCCUCUUGACUGGAAAGUUUCAAAGAUGAUCUAUUUACUGUGGAAGACCUCUGUGGAGGUACGAAUUUUAGGGGAUUUCGAAAGGCUUUGCAAUAUUCCAGGUGUAAAGAGAAAUCACUCAGUUCAUGAAGCAAGGUUCUACUCUUUGCUAGUAAACUCUCCUUUUUUAAUAUCCACAAUGAGGAGAUGGGUGCUGUAUGUACACUUCUGGGUAUUUCCAAAACCAGUUCAUGCCAUGGGAGGAUCCAGAUUUUGGAAGUUCAGCUUCAGAAGUACGUACAAAGUAGCUGUGGGGGAUUAACAAAACUUAUAAAGUUUCCUUGAUCUUUCUGAUCUGGCCUGUGAUCACUAAAUACAACGCACUGGAUCUAAUGUCUUCCUCCUUAUGGUUUUCUCCCAUCAUCUGAGCAAGUGCCACCCUCUGCAAACAGCAGCAACUUUGUGGCUAUUCCUGCCGUGACCAAAGAGGUCACAGAGUGACUGAUGGCAGCUUAACUUUCCUUGUCUAAUUAGAAAUUGUGACUUACAAAUUACUCUUGUGCUACUUCCCGCUGCUGCUUUAUAAAGGUUUGAUUUUACUUGAGGAGCAGUGGAAAUGAGGAAAAUCCUGCAGGUACAAUGACAUAGUAAUGUAAAAUAGAACACAGAUUUUGUUCUCUCCCAGAAUAGCAAAAUCUCUUGUCACAUACUCUCUUUUUCUCUGGACUGUUGUUAUGUA